ACUCCCCGAGCGCCCACUGGCGGUUGGCGGCGGUUGGAGCUGAGCGAUGAACGUCUCCUCGCGGCCCCUGAACGGAUUGCCACGGUUGGACGCGGAAGACCGGUCUCCGUACCAGCACUUAAGUCAAAGGAUGCUGGACAUUUCGGGGGACCGGGGCGUGCUGAAAGAUGUCAUUCGAGAGGGAGCUGGAGAGCUGGUGACACCGGACGCUUCCGUGCUUGUGAAAUAUUCUGGAUAUCUGGAGCACAUGGACAAGCCUUUUGAUUCUAAUUGCUUUAGGAAAACUCCUCGGCUCAUGAAACUUGGAGAGGAUAUCACACUGUGGGGCAUGGAGCUGGGCCUUCUGAGCAUGCGGAGAGGGGAGCUGGCCAGGUUCCUGUUCAAACCCACCUAUGCCUACGGAACGCUGGGCUGCCCUCCCCUGAUCCCCCCAAACACCACCGUCUUGUUUGAGAUCGAGUUGCUUGACUUCCUGGACUCUGCUGAGUCGGACAAGUUUUGUGCCCUCUCGGCCGAGCAACAGGGUCAGUUUCCACUUGAGAAGGUCCUAAAGGUGGCAGCUACUGAACGGGAGUUUGGCAACUACCUUUUCCGCCAGAAUCAUUUCUAUGAUGCCAAAAUGAGAUAUAAACGGGCCUUGAUGCUCCUCCGCCGGCGAACAGCACCCGCUGAAGAGCAGCACUUGGUGGAGACCGCCAAGCUGCUUGUUUUCCUCAAUCUGUCCUUUACUUACCUGAAACUGGAGCGCCCCACCAUGGCCCUGCGCUAUGGAGAGCAGGCUCUGAUCAUUGACCAAAAGAAUGCCAAGGCCCUCUUCCGCUGUGGACAGGCUUGUCUCCUUAUGACCGAGUACCAGAAGGCCCGGGAUUUUCUAGUCCGAGCCCAGAGGGAGCAGCCCUUCAACCACGACAUCAAUAACGAGCUGAAGAAACUGGCCGGCUACUAUAGGGACUACAUGGACAAAGAGAGAGAAAUGUGUCACCGGAUGUUUGCUCCUGGUGACAAUGGCUCUACAAUAGGAGAAGACUAAAGAUUUCGCAGCUAAUAACAAGCGAGAGAAGCGAGGCUGCCCAGAGUUCUCUAUCGUUAUGGGAGGUGGGCAGAGCGCUUUCCGGAAGAGUCUCCUCAGCACAGACUGUGCCUGCCCUGCUUGGAAGAGGGGCCGAGUGUCUGCAGCCCCAGGCCACAGCCCCGGCCAGCUGCGACUGAUGCUGCUGAAGUGUUUUCACAGCUGCUGCUUUCUGUUUCUAGUUUUCAUGCAGAGGAGGUGAAAGGGUAGCUACUGACAAGUAGGAGAAUGCUAUUUUUUAAGGCAAUUGCUUGUUUUUUCAAAUAGAAUUAGUCCCUGGCUUUUCUCCAGUCCCAGCCCCCUUCCUGCUGCUCGCGUCCCUGGGUGAAUACAAAUAGGGAUUGCUUUGUGUAUCUUGUAGGGCUCUCAGUUUUGAAAAGAGAGAAUUAUGUUACAGAUGUUUUUGUUGUACAUAAAUAAAACACUUCCUUGUCUUUGCAA